AUGGAGAAGCUUGCAAGCGUGAAGCUCGACAUCAUCGAGGAGGAAUACAGGAGGAGCUGGGCUCUCGUUGUGGUCAGCAACACUUUCACAUCCUUGGCGGUUAGUUUCAGAAGUCAGUACAUGCUGCCUCUGGUGGACAUGUUCAAUCACCAGUCUGAUACAGUCGACAUGGUCAAGCAGCAGCUUCGGGAAAAAGUCAAGAUGGAGGUGGACGGGCCUGCGACUUUGAUGAAGGUGGAGGGAGGGAGGACGGGAUGGUUUGCGACGAGGCAUGUCAGAGCGGGAGCGCAAGUGAGCUGGAGCUACGGAGACAUAUCGUCGGAGGAGCUGCUUCUCGAUUAUGGUUUCGUUCCAGACAAGAAUCUCCAUGGACAUUCCAAGUUCACUCUUGUUGUGUCUUCGCAGUCUCUUGUCGACAAGGCGAACGAGAUGUCAAGGGGUGGAAGUUUGUCAGCUGAAUCAGCCAAUGUCAAGUUUGAGGUUCUCGCCACCUCCUACUCCCAUGUUCAGAUCUCGCAUCUUUUUUUUCUCAAUGCAGUUUUUCGCUAUCAGGAGUACAAAAGGAUAUAG